AUGACGGCGACAGACUCUAGUCCCCGUCUCGGAGGAAUGCUCUCCAAACGUCUCUUGGGAGAGCUCCUGGGAGCCGUCACGGAUCCGGUGUGCAACCUUCUCACCGGCCAAAAGAAUGGUUGCGCUGGAACCUUUGGCUCGACAUCUCCCUCUCCAAUCCCAACACCUCAAACCCAGCCCCCGGCGUCUACUCCUGAUCCCCAGCCUGCCCCUACACCGACACCGCAACAGCCCACGACUCCUCAGCAGUCUGCAACUCCAAACCCGCCGGCCCCUCAGCCACCGGCCAAUAACGGUGGGGGCUCGAACUCGGGCGGCGGCUCAAGUUCAGGAGGUUCUUCCAAUUCAUAUUCGCCGAACUCUGGAUCAUCUGGCUCCAGGCCCUCGAACUCUGACUCCGGUUCUUCCAACUCCAGCUCGGGCUCCAGCUCAGGAUCGAACUCAGGCUCAAAACCGAGCACAAGUUCUGGCUCAGGCUCAAGCACACCCGCACCUUCUCCUUCCAGUUCUAACUCUGGGAAACCAGGGAUUAACUCCGGAAGCUCCAGCUCUGGAGGGGACUCUAGCUCUGGAGGAAACUCCAGCUCUGGAUUCAAUAUUGGCAACAGCAGCAAUAAUAGCAGCAACAGCGGCAACACCAACGCCGGCAACAGCAGCGGUAAUGAAGGGAACACCAGCGGACAAUCCGACCAAAAUCAAGGAGUGUCAUCCGGCAGGAGCAAGUCCAACUCGUCUAGUGGUAGCAACAGUGGCUCUGAAAGCAAGAGCCAAAACCAGCAAGAAUCUGCCGGAAACACUAGCUCGUUUGGUUCAUCGCGGGGACCCAAUGGUGGUGGUAGCUCAUCGUCUGGUUCGGGGUCUGGCUCCAAUCAGUCCAAAUGGUCGACUCAGUCGGAGGAUGACACAAAAGCGGUCGCCCAAACUUGGGGAGGCUCCAGUCCGGAAAACUCUGGUUCUGGUGGCAGCACUGGGUAUGAUAAGAAUGGAGAAUUCACUUGGGUUUGGGAUGAUGCCGAUGAGUGGGAAGACAGAGUUAAUGGAGGGCGUGGCUCGAAUGGCGGCACGGUCGGUGAAUUUCCCGGAAAUAGAGGUACUGGAAACAGCGGCGGCCCUCGCACCAGUGCUUUGCCAGACAGCUCGAAUGGCAAUAAUAUGGCUGGAGUUAUUGGUGGAUGCAUUACUGUGUUCGUCGUUUUGAUCCUGAUCAUUUUCUUCAUCCUGUAUCGCUUUCGCGACCACCCGAGCAUGCAGCGGAUGAGGCACAGGCUUUCCACUCUCAACCCAUUCAAUCUCUGGCCAUACUCCCGCUUUGACAGGCAUCAAUCCUGGCGCUCUUCCAUGGGCGGCAGCUUGUUGUUCACAGACGGCAGCCAUGGUGAUGCCAUUCUCGAAAAGAGCGCCUACGCGGCUCCUGCCGAAAGAACAACGAACGCGAUUCUAAACGAAAAGAGGGGCAGCCUCACUCCAACCUGCGGGACGAUUCUGCCACCACCUGUUACGCAGAGCAACCGAGGCAUGUCACGCCUGUCACGUCGCUUCUCACGUCCACGUCCCAUCUCCGUCGCUUCAGACCCCUUCGCGGAUCAUCUCAGCCCUGAGCUGCCGCAAGUUACUGCGGUGUCCCCGCUCUCAGCCAAUUUCCCGACAGUCAUGGUGACAGCGACAGAGUCGGGCAUGAAGGUGCCUACCCCGCCGCCAUCCGCUCGCCGGCCUCCUCCCCCUCCUCCGCAAGACCAGCAGCAGCAACAGCAGUAUUAUCCGUACGACUACCAAUGUCUGGACAACCGACGCCGCCGGUCGAGGCCUAACAGCCAGGAUAGCAACGUCAGCAGCUUGAGCGAGACUAGCCUAGCCAGCAGCGGUGUGUUCUCGCCGUCCAUGCUGUCGUACGUGUCGGAGAAGUUUCCGCAGCCGCCCUCGACUUCGGUUUGGUUCCCUUUCGCUUUCGCCACCGGUACCGGCCCUUGGAUAUCCAAACACGACGACUCAACUGCGGGUCCCUCCGCCUAG